UGGGGCCCCCGGGCAAUAGGGGAUCAUGGGGCCCCUGUGUCCUUGCCCAAACUCAAAAAAGCCUAUGAAAAAGGUACCAGGGGCAUCUCAUGGGGCACCCUACUGACCCCAGGCCCUCCAAAUGGAGAUGAACAGAGACUGCGGACAUGGUACAGGAGAUGACCAGAGACUGCAGACCAGGGGCGGACUGACAACUCAUGGGGCCCCUGGGCAAUAGGGGAUCAUGGGGGCCCCUGUGUCCUUGCCCAAACUCAAAAAAGCCUAUGAAAAAGGUACCAGGGGCAUCUCAUGGGGCCCCCUACUGACCCCGGGCCCUCGGGCAGUGCCCGAGUUUCCAAAUGGUCAGUCCGCCCCUGC